UUUCCAGCCAUUGUGCCUUCGACCAGCUUAAGCGGCUCUGCAAGAAGAAGAAGAAGAAGAAGAAUUCGAUUCGGCGUCGGAUGCCCGUCAUUACGGUGUGGAAGAACAGCGCCCAGUUCCAGGAUCUGACGCCAGAGGAGCUGCGUGCCAUCCUGGAGCACGACCGGCUCCACGCGCCCGACGAGGUGGAGGACACGUUCGGCGCCGUCCUCAAGUGGAUCUCCGCCGACGUGGACGAGAGGAAGGCCUGCCUCGCCAAGUUCCUGCCGCUUGUGCGCUUCGCGCGCUCCUCCGUCCCAGACUUCCGAGAAAGUCGCCACUCACCCACAAGUACUGGGCGACGGAGACAGCCUGAAGGUGAUGGACGUGAUCCACAAGACGCUCACCCGGCAGUCCAUGGCGGUGGGCGUAGUUGCCGGCGUCGACCUGUCCCCGAAGCUGUGGCUCCCGCCUCGCCUGCCAAAGGACAUUCUCUUCCUUUUCGGCGGCUGGACAGCGGGCGCGAACAACAACCUGUUCACGUACAACUGCCGCGCCGACAGGUGGCGCGUCAGGAGCGAGCAGUACGCUGCGUCCAGGGCCAGAUCUACGCCAUGGGAGGCUUCGACGGCCACAGGCGCACAAACACGGUGGAGCGGUACGACGUGGAGACAAACCAGUGGUCCAUGGUGGCCAGCAUGAACGACGUCCGCAGUGACGCCAGCGCCGCUGUAGCUGCAGGACGUAUCUACAUCGUGGGAGGCUUCACGGGUCGCGCAGUCCUGGACACCCUGGAGUGUUACGACCCGUCGACCAACGCCUGGACCCGGGUGGCGACCAUGGCCUCGCCCAGUAGUGGCCUCAAGGUGGUCGCCCGCAGGGACGCGCUCUACAUUAUCGGCGGAUACAAUGGCACUGCGCGACUUUCCUCCAUGGAGCAGCUCGGCGUGAACGGAGCUCGAUCUUCAGAGUUACCCAGCAUGCCUCACGCCAAGAGCAACUUUGCAGCCGUGAUGCUGGAAGGCUGCAUCUACACCGUUGGAGUAUUCGAUGCAUCCUGGGCAUAGGCAUCCGCCACAUAGCAGUUAUGCAGCGCGGAGCAGCACGAGCGACCAUCGCAAACUCCAAGCCUGCCGUCGCCUUUCCGGAAACCGUG